AUGAAAGCUAUUGAUGAAAACAGACUCCAAAAAAUACAAGAACAAUUAGUUUCUCAAAUAAUGCAGCUUAUUGUUGAAAAACAUGAUGAUUUCUGGAUACUUUCUUUAAUCAGAUUAAUUAACUUAUGGAUUCAUGAAUUUACAACUAUAUCUAGGGAUAUAAUGAACACUGAAUACAUAGAUUUACUUAUAACUAAUUCCAAUCUUUAUUCAUUUGAUAUUAAAGUGGAAAUCAUUAACUUAAUUUCCACAAUUAUUAUUUACAAAAAUUUUAAUUUUAUUUUUUGUCUUGUUUCUAAUGGAAUUUUAGAUGUUUUCCUUGAUUGGCUUGAUGAUGAGAAUCCUCUUGUUGUUAACCCUGUUUUAAUGUGUUUUACCAAAAUAUGUGAUGAAUUCUCAAACACAGGAAACAGCGGAACUCUUUCUUCUUUAAUUUCUACGGAUUUUGUUGACAAAAUUUAUGAAUUACGAUAUCUUGAAGAUAAAUCAAUCAGUAACUGCACAGCUAUUGCUCAUUCUGCACUUAUGAGUGUACUUGAUGAAAAGAGAAAAGAAGAAUUAAAGAAAAUUAUGAUUAAAAAACAGUAUAAUAAUUAG